AUGGCAUCCAACCUGCCAGCCCAGCCCAACCUUCGGGUCACGAUUAUCGCGGCCGACGGUCUCUACAAACGUGAUGUCUUUCGAUUUCCCGACCCAUUCGCUGUGGCCACUGUCGGAGGCGAGCAAACUCACACCACCUCGGUGAUCAAAAAGACCUUGAAUCCAUACUGGAAUGAACCCUUUGAUCUGAAAGUCAACGAAGACAGUAUUCUCGCGAUUCAAAUUUUCGACCAAAAGAAGUUCAAGAAGAAGGAUCAGGGUUUCCUCGGCGUCAUCAACGUACGGAUCGGCGAUGUGAUCGAUCUACAGAUGGGUGGUGAUGAAAUGCUCACUCGCGACCUGAAAAAGUCCAAUGAUAACCUCGUCGUCCACGGCAAGCUGAUCAUUAACCUGUCAACUAACCUCGACGCACCCCACCCCAACCAGCAGAAUGGGCUUCGACCUCAACAUGCUCAAUCUUCCACAUCCAGUGGUCUUGUCCCACAAAUCGCAGCACCCUCGUCGCAAUCUCAGGCUAUGGGCCCCUCUCCACCCGCCAAUGGAGCCGCUCCGCCCGGUGUCGGUGCCGCAUCGCGUGCAAAUCUGAGUUCAUUCGAGGAUAGUCAGGGUCGACUCCCCGCGGGCUGGGAGCGAAGGGAGGAUAAUCUGGGACGGACAUACUACGUCGACCACAACACGCGAACUACCACCUGGUCACGACCAUCCGCCAACUAUAAUGAGCAGAGCUCCCGCAAUGAGCGCGCCGCCAACAUGCAACUGGAGCGUCGCGCCCACCAGAGCCGAAUGCUACCGGAGGAUCGCACCGGCGCCAAUUCGCCCAAUUUGCCGGAAGGCCAAAGCACGCCGCCGCCAGGUGCUCCUCCUCCUGCUGCACCGGCCGCCGGGGGUUCAGCCCCUGGAUCUCACGCCAAUGCCGUUUCCAUGAUGGCGACGGGAGCCACCACUGCAGGCACUGGAGAGCUCCCGCCAGGAUGGGAGCAACGAUCCACGCCCGAGGGCCGCGCAUACUUCGUGGACCACAAUACCCGCACUACGACCUGGGUCGAUCCUCGUCGGCAGCAGUACAUCCGCAUGUACGGUCAGAACCAGAACCAAGGAGGAAACAACACCACCAUUCAACAGCAGCCCGUCUCUCAACUGGGACCUCUACCCAGUGGUUGGGAAAUGCGUCUCACGAAUACGGCUCGAGUGUACUUUGUCGACCACAACACCAAGACUACAACUUGGGACGAUCCCAGAUUGCCCUCCUCUUUGGAUCAGGGUGUUCCUCAGUACAAGCGUGACUUCCGCCGCAAGCUGAUCUACUUCCGAUCCCAGCCUGCUUUGCGAAUCAUGUCUGGUCAAUGCCAUGUUAAGGUUCGCCGUAAUAAUAUCUUCGAAGACUCUUACGCCGAGAUCAUGCGCCAGAGUGCUUCCGACCUGAAGAAGCGUUUGAUGAUUAAAUUCGAUGGGGAAGACGGUCUGGAUUAUGGUGGUCUUUCUCGUGAAUUCUUUUUCCUUCUCUCUCACGAAAUGUUCAACCCCUUCUACUGCCUUUUCGAAUACUCCGCCCACGAUAAUUAUACCCUGCAGAUUAAUCCUCACUCUGGCGUCAACCCCGAGCAUCUCAAUUACUUCAAGUUCAUCGGCCGUGUUGUCGGUCUGGCGAUCUUCCAUCGUCGCUUCUUGGAUUCCUUCUUCAUUGGUGCUUUCUAUAAGAUGAUGCUGAGGAAGAAGGUGACUCUUCAAGAUAUGGAGGGUGUGGACGAAGAUUUACAUCGAAACCUGGCGUGGACCUUGGACAAUGACAUCGAAGGGAUCGUUGAACUUACCUUCUCUGUCGACGAUGAGAAGUUUGGCGAGCGUCGCACUAUUGAUUUGAUACCCGGUGGAGAGGAGAUUAACGUCACCAACGAGAACAAGCCGCAGUACAUUGAAUUGGUUACGGAAUGGAAGAUUGUCAAGCGCGUGGAGGAGCAAUUCAACGCAUUCAUGUCUGGUUUCAAUGAGCUGAUCCCCGCGGAUCUGGUCAACGUCUUCGACGAGCGUGAACUGGAACUGCUGAUUGGCGGUAUCGCCGAUAUCGACGUGGACGACUGGAAGAAGCACACCGAUUACCGCGGUUACCAGGAGCAGGACGAGGUUAUUCAGAACUUCUGGAAGAUCGUCCGCACUUGGGACGCGGAGCAAAAGUCGCGUCUGCUGCAGUUCACCACUGGUACCUCGCGUAUUCCCGUCAACGGUUUCAAGGACUUGCAAGGUUCGGACGGUCCCAGACGAUUCACUAUUGAGAAGUCAGGAGAUCCUGCCGCUUUGCCCAAGUCGCACACCUGCUUCAACCGUCUUGACCUACCGCCCUACAAGACCCAUGACGCCCUGGAGCACAAGAUGUCCAUUGCAGUGGAGGAGACCCUUGGAUUUGGACAGGAAUAG